GACACGGUGAGGACUGAAAGCUACCGCGAUUUCAUUUAUGGCAACCCAGACGUCUUCAAGGACAAGGUGGUGCUGGAUGUGGGCUGUGGAACUGGAAUCCUCUCAAUGUUUGCUGCACGAUCAGGUGCCAAAAAGGUCAUUGCUGUUGACCAAUCAGAAAUCAUCUACCAGGCCAUAGACAUUGUCAGAUCGAAUCAGCUAGAGAACACAAUCACCCUGAUCAAAGGCAGAAUAGAGGAUGUGGAUCUCCCAGUGGAAAAGGUGGACAUCAUUAUUUCAGAGUGGAUGGGCUACUUCCUCCUGUUUGAGUCCAUGCUGGAUUCUGUUCUCUGGGCCAGGGACCGGUACCUUGCGGAUGGAGGUUUAGUUUUUCCUGACCGCUGUAUCAUUAGCCUGGCAGCUGUGGGCGACACUGAGAAACACAGUGACCGCAUUGCCUUCUGGGACAAUGUGUAUGGCUUUAAGAUGGAAUGUAUGAAGGAAGUGGUUAUUCCUGAGGCCGUGGUGGAGGUCCUGAAACCAGAAACAGUCAUCUCAGAGCCUGCAGUCAUUCAGACACUGGACUGUAAUGCUGUGACCAUCUCUGAGCUGGAGUUUAGUGCAGAGUUCACCCUGAAGAUAAUAGCCAGCACACACUGCACUGCUCUGGUCGGCUAUUUUGACGUUUUCUUCGACAGCGGCUGUGUGAACAAGGUGAUGUUCUCUACUUCUCCACAUUGCACCAGAACCCACUGGAAGCAGACAGUUUUCCUGCUGGAGAAUCCCGUUCCUGUCCAGUCAGGGGAUGAGCUGCUGGGCCAAAUCAUGGUUCGGAAGAACAGAAAGGACCCCCGGUCGCUGCUGGUAACUCUGAGCCUCGCUGGCCGGAAGCAGACGUACAGCCUUCAGUGAAAACCUUCGGUUUCAGAGGCUGACAUCCAUCACCAGUACCUUCAAAGUGUCUCUCUGUGUCGGUUCAUGUACAAUACUGAUGUGAGAGGUUGCUUUCGGAGCUCUGAUUACCAAUAAAGCUUACGGUGCUACUCUGUGAUUGGUAAAAGACUUCAUUUCCAUAUAGAAACUAUACCAUAUCAGUAUGUGAUGGCUAAUAUCACAAUUCCUGUUAACUGACAAUAUAUUGGUUUUACUUCUGUUAGUUAUAUAUUUGGAGUAGUAACGGUUCACGUUAUGUGGGCACUUAGAUUGGACAUAAUUUUCUGAACAUACCCUUAAUGAUCACAAUCUGUACUAUGAAGUUUUUUCUAAAUUUUCAGUUUGAGAUGAAUAUAUUCAUUGUGGAAAAGGAAUAUUGACAACUUUGCCACUAUAUUUGCUGUCAUGUGAAUCUAAGUAGGUUUUAUUAGAAAUGCUCAUAAUGAUCUUUUUACAUAUAAAAGUAAUUUAGCUUUAGUUUAGCUGUAAAAACCAAACUUUUUGCAGGUUUCAGCCAUCACCUCUGUGAACAGAAAUAGAACAUUAAUUUGUUUCUCACCAAAUCCACUGUGAAUUAAUUCGUUUACAUCUUAAGUGUUUAUUCCAUACUCCAGUGUAAAACGGAUCUUGUCAAUUUGGCACAGAACGAAUUAAAUUGGAUUCUUAUUUUAAAUCACCUUCCUGCAGUCCUGCUAAUCUGUGCCCUGAAUCUGAACAUUAGAACCGCUAUAGUCCAUUUAUCUCCAUCUGUUUCCAGACCUAGCAGCCAGUCAGCUGCUUUAGAGAAUGCUGACAGCAGAUUUGUAUGUGCAUACCUCACUGGACUGCACUGCUGAUACUACAACAGGGCUCAGAAACCACAUUAUGAAUUCUAAUCAUGUGACAGAAAUCUAUGUUUGACUGUUUUUGCUUAAUAAAGUUUUGUCUGCUCUCUUCUAAA